UUUAAAUGUUAUCCUCAACAAAAGUAUUUUAACCAUUUUUUUUGUUUUAAUUCCUCAAACAUGGAAAAAUUACAGGGAGGAGAAAUAAAACAAAACAAACUUUUAAUUUUUGACUUUUUAUAAUCUGCAUGAGUGUUUUCCAAAAUAAAAUAAAAAUGAUUUUAACCCUGAGAAUAAAAAAUAAAGCUUUUAUUUAAGGUUCAGUGUGAAUGGAUGAUCAGUGAUUAAUGAUUGACAGUUUCUUCCUCCUUCAUGCUAUUAAUAAACAGAGGAGGAGCUGUUCAGCGUUAUGCCCUCCUCCUCCUCCUCUAUGCGUUCCUCCGUCUCCCUCUCAUUUCUCCGUCUGCUCUCCACGGACACUCCUCUUUCUCUCUCUCCUCUUUAACUCUUCGUCGUCCUGAUGUGUCGUCGGCCGGUUCGCUCUCCUGCGACGGCGUCUUCGCCCAACGCUCGUUCAUGGUGAGGUUUUUCUCUGGUCGCCGUGGCGACAGGAGGCGUGGUGAGAGUGCCUUGCUGCGGCAGGUGAGGCGGCAGAGGCGAACUCCCAAAGGAGAGAGCGAGAGCGAGAAAGAUGGAGGAGGGCGAGGAGUGAGGAGGAGAACGACAGGACGAUUCAGGCUUCAGGUCCCUCGUUUGGCUCUCCGUCGCCGUCUGAGCGCGCUCAAGGGUGGCGUGAGUCGCCCCGCCGCAUGGCGCCACCGGCCAAUCUCCUUCCUGUGCUAUAUCCUGUCUGUGAGCACUCUGCGGCCACUGGCCUGCCGGGUGGCAUUGUACCAUUCCUUCCCUACUCGACUCCUCUCUCGGGCGUGGGGUCGUCUGAAUGGGGUGGAGCUCCCCACUUGGCUUCGGAAACCCAUCUACUCCCUGUAUAUCUGGACCUUUGGCGUGAACAUGCAGGAGGCAGCGGUGGAGGAUUUACAUCAUUACAGAAAUCUAGGAGAAUUUUUCAGGCGACGCCUUAAACCUGCAGUCCGACCACUCUGCGCCUCCUCCUGCCUGACCUCUCCGGCUGAUGGAAGGAUCCUCCACUUUGGUCGUGUAAAGAACUCAGAGGUGGAGCAGGUGAAGGGGGUCACCUACAGUCUGGAACAUUUCCUCGGACCACAGAAGAGGCGGUGCAAAGACUCCUCGUCGUCCUCCUCCUUCAGGGACGACCUCCUCUCGUCUCCCGACAGCGACCUUUUCCACGUUGUCAUUUACCUGGCUCCAGGUGACUACCACUGCUUCCAUUCGCCCACAGACUGGAGGGUGGAGCUUCGGCGUCACUUUCCAGGCUCGUUAAUGUCGGUGAACCCAGGCGUCGCUCGUUGGAUCAAAGAGCUCUUUUGCCUUAACGAGCGUGUGGUUCUCACCGGCCAAUGGCAGCAAGGCUUCUUCUCAUUAACGGCGGUCGGUGCUACGAACGUCGGUUCAAUCAGAAUUUACUUUGACCAGGAGCUUCAGACCAACACACCUCGUUACAGUAAAGGCUCCUUUCAUGAUCGCAGCUACAUUGCUGACCAGACGGUGAAGUUUGCUGGUGAAGGGGGCGUGGCCUUACAGAAGGGGGAGGCGGUCGGGGAGUUUAACCUGGGCUCCACCAUCGUUCUGCUUUUCGAGGCCCCCAAAGACUUCAGCUUCAACCUGCAGCCUGGCCAACGAAUCAGAGUGGGAGAAGGCCUCGGCAGCCUCUAAUUAGAUGAUUUACAGGCUCAGGGGGCAGGGCCUGAUCAGAGACAGAUUUUAAGAGAGGAGUUUUAGGAAUUCUGGGUAUUUUUCUCUGCGGAGGACUCGAAAUGGAUGCUUAUCACGACAAGCACUCAGACUCCCAGAAUGCCUUGUGCCCGUGAGCGGGAAAUGCCAAACCCCUCCCACUCUGUCCCUCUCACUCAGAGACUCGACCAGCAGCUGAACACGUUUCUGUUUGAAUGUUUCAAACUUUAUUGCUCACAGGUUUUUGUUAGCAUCAGCUAGCUCACAUCUGACUGGAGGCCAGUGAUUGGUUGAAGGGUUAUUAUUACUAAUUUGUCUCAUUAAUCUCGUGGGUUUUUUUUGUUUUUGGUUUUUUUUGUGGGAUUUAAAUGUGACACCUCCUCCAUUUUCUCUGCUUUUGUAAAAGAUCUAAUUAUGAAUAAAGUUUUUUUUUCUUUUUAAA